AUGGCUUCCAAAGCUAUGUGGGAGGUCGACCCCGAGACGAGGUCCAAGCUGGCCGUCCUCCAGAAGGAACCGAAGAACAGCGUCUGCUGUGACUGCGGAGCGCCAUCUCCGCAGUGGGCGUCACCGAAGUUUGGCGUUUUCAUCUGCCUGUCCUGCGCCGGUGUCCAUCGCGGACUGGGCGUCCACAUCUCCUUCGUUCGCAGCAUCUCGAUGGAUGCCUUCAAGGCCAGCGAGAUUGAGCGCAUGCGCUUGGGGGGAAACGAGCGCUGGAGGAAGUUCUUCGACGAGCACGAGGAUACGCAGAUGCGGGGGCUGUCCUGGGACGACGCCACCAUCGCUGAACGAUACAGCAGCGAGGUUGGCGAGGAAUACAAGGAGAGGCUUACGUGCAAGGUGGAGGAACGCGAAUACGUUCCGGGGGAGAAGAAAUCGGCGACGAGUCAACGCGCCUCCCCUGCGCCGCCGCUGGCGGCCCAGAGGUUGAUGGAGAGAACGGCGACGCCGAUGAGUGGGUGCUCGACGAGGAGCCAGAGCCCAGGUGCCGGCGGCAGGGUCAAAGUGGACGACAAGUACUUUGCCCAGCUGGGCGCCGACAAUGCUUCUCGGCCGGAUCACUUGCCGCCUAAUCAGGGCGGCAAGUACUCUGGCUUCGGCAGCUCGCCGGCGCCGACCUCGAACAGCCAGAGCACCCUGCCCAACUUUGACGAGAUGCAGAAGGACCCGAUGGCAGCCCUGACGAAAGGGUUCGGCUGGUUCACGUCGACGGUGACGAAAACGGCCAAGACGGUCAACGAUGGGUACAUUCAACCGACGGCCAAGAGCAUCGCGGAGGGCGAGUUUACCAAGCAGGCUCAGCUUACGGCCGCAUCGAUCGCCAAGCAGGCCCAACUUGCCGGCAAGAGCGCGCAUGAUGGCUUUCACAAGUUUGUCGAAGGCGAUCAGCAUCACAGAAACGUACCGCUAGAUGCUAGCCGGAAGGAUUUCUGGGAUGACUUUUCCAGCCUGGCGGACGAGCAGAAGAAGGACAGCUCGAUCGGGACCAGCGCCAUGGGAAUGGGCGCGAGCAAGAGAGCAGGGAGCGGGGGGCCGCAAAGGAAGCCGAAGGAUGAAUGGGAUGAUUGGUAG